CGCAAGCCAUUGCUGUGGUACAACCUCCUACGGUUACUCCAUCUCAAGCUCCCGAACCCAUUGCGUCUGCAAUUUCCCCUGCUGAACCUGUCGAGGAGAAGCACGAUUCUCCAGUCGAGGACAUCAAACCUGCAGACUUGCCGCAAAUCCCUAGCCCCGAAAAGCCAGCUUCUGCCAUUGAUACCGGAAGUGUCUAUAUGGCGGACGACGAAAUGGGUCCUGAUGCUGAACAUGUCAACCCUCCCUCGGGACAGACAACUCCUCGCAACGAGAAAGCUAUCCCACAGGCUACAAUGUUGUCAGAAAGCCCUACGAAGCGACAACUGCACACUCUGCAUGCAGCGCCUUUGGAGCCUUUGCUUGAUCUCACAUGUCCUGUUGUUACCAUGACUUCAGGUCAUCUGAACCGCUUGUCAUUCGACCAGCCGGCACUCACACCCAUCACGCCACCGAGGUCUGUCAGCUCCACUACAGACACCAUGGGCAACCGUGAUGAGGAGACUCAUCCACUUGGAUUCUAUGCUACUUUUCCUAAAGCUACAAGUCCGAAGCGCGACAACAAAUCGAAGCCGGCUUGUUCUGAGGAGCUCGCUACGCUCAAACUUAUGUUGCAGAACAUCCAGUUUGCAGAUCAGAACCCAGGACGCAAGCAUGAGUUGCGGUCGACUUCUCCACAGCGCCCUAAAAUCCUGACCGCCACAAACAACCUCCAUGAGAAGAGUCUUGCUGGAAUUGAAGAGGCUAUGAUGGGGGACAGCAUGCAAGAGAUUGAUGAGAAGGCGACCAGAAAGCUCCAUCGGACGAUGGACCAGAAAGCAGCGAAAACCAGUGCUGAAAAGUCCAAGGAGAAAGCUGAAGCAAAAGCGAAGCGGCAGCUUACUCUGGAAGAUGCUUGGGGCAUACUGCCGAAGAAGAAGCCGGCAUCUGGAACACCAGACAAGUCCACCACGAAGCCCGAGACUUCUCCCAUCGAGCCGUCGACAUCUGCUAAAGGAUCUGCAAAUGAUGAGGCCCCCAAUGAACCCAGCACAAAAUCCGAGGCGCCUCCUAUCAAGGAUGGGAAGGAAGACAGCGGAAAGCAGACAUCAAAAGACGAGAAGACUAGCCAACAGAAGGUAGAAGAAGAGAAGAAGAUCGAGGAUAAGAUCCGUGAACUUUUUGCUAUCCUCAAGCCAGUAUUGGAUGCUGCUCAGAGCUUCCCCGGGCCUAUGACCUUGGAGAUGCAGGUCGGCCUGAUUUUGCUCCCGACCAUGCCAAAGGCCUACAAAGGAGACAUUAUCACUUCGGAGGAGUGGAACAAGAUCUUCCAGCCCCGCAACAAUGUGCGCGCUCCGAGUGCGAGAUUCAUCAGAAGAGUGACGUCGUCGGGUGCAGAUGCGGACUUCAUCUUGGACCUGAAGGCGAGCAAGCGCAAUGGAGGAGGCCGCCUGUUCGACGAGGGGUUCUCUGACUACGGCGUUGUCUACGAAUACCACUGUCAAACCAAGGGCGGGCGGGCCAUUGUGAUCAUCGUCGACGAGGCCGGAAAUGUACGCGUUAGGGAGUCAAAUACUGUCCUGGGUGCUGUUAAUAUCCAUUUCCCACUGCACACUUGGGAUGCGAGCGUGAUUCUGAGAGGCGCUAUGGAGCAUGCUCGUGGUGCUGACAGCAAACUUGACAGCGCUAUCGAUGAUCUCGUCGGAAGCAUCUGGGUGCAACCUGACAGAUCGCUGAUCAGAAUUUUCUGUCGACUGCCCGAAGGCGAUGCUCUGCACAUCGACAAGGUGCUUAUUAAGCGGUGGACUCGCCAUCGGUACAUCCGUCCAGGAGAGGCAAAUCCUGCAGCUCAGAGUGCCGUUGAUGAAAAGCAAGGAGUGGACACGAUUCCGGAAGAGAAACAAAAGCCUCGCAGUGAGGAAACUGGUGGUGCGGACGCUAUCAACGACGCAGACGAGCGUCGCCCGGAAAUUUUCCUCAAGAUCACAGAGGUGCAGGAUCUCUUCACCGGCUAUCACCCCGCUGAUGCGAGGGUGAUGCGUGCACGCUGUAUGACACGGGAGGAGAUGGUCAGGAAGGGACGUCUAUGGUACGAGGCAUCCAUUGUGAGCUCGUCAAUCGAAGAAAUCCUGCAAUCGAACGCCAGCAUCGAGCUUGGAGAAAGCACGAAUGACUGGUCCAGCGUUGACCUUCUGGGCAACGAGACCCAUCUCGCGGAGAGCAGCAGCAGCAGCACCAACAAAAACAGCACAGUCUCAUCAACGGCCCUGAAUCCCGUUGCUGCAGCGAUCGGAAACACCGGCAUCGGCGAGAUGUAUCGCGUGGCCAAAAAGGUCGUCGAGCGGAUCGACGGCGUCGGACACUGGGAUGACAGUCCCCAAACAGCAACGCUCUUGGCUGGGGGUAAUAACAACACCGGCGCUCUUACUGUUACCAACAACAAUGAGCCUGAUGGACCCGUGUAUGGACCCGUCACCCCAGGAGGGGUCCCUCAUGCGUCGAUGAUGAUGCUCGUGCCAGUCGCCAAACCCAAAGGACGAGAUUUCUCGGAGUUGCAGAGCGUCAAAGAUCAUCUUGAAAGCGCCAGUGUUCGAGCUGCCUUCCGGAUGGAGGAGAAUAAAGAAUCCUUCUGGUAA